AUGCAGAGCGUGUCGGUGAUCUCGCAAGCGAUCAACGAGAUCAAGAACAGCAAGAAGUUUGUCCGUUUCCUCGAGGUGGUGCUCAAGAUCGGUAACAUGAUCAACACCGGUUCCGCGCGAGGCGGCGCCUACGGUUUCAAGCUCGACACCCUCACCAAGCUGGGCGACAUGAGGUCGUCCAACAAGGAUCUGCCGACGCUGCUGCACUUCAUCGCCGUCAAGGGCGAGACGGAGUUCCCCGAGGUCAUCGAGAUGGUCAAGGACUUCGAGGCCCUGCCCCUGGCCUGCAAGGAAUCGCUGAGCCAGGUGGUGAGCGAUUUGGCCGCGCUGAACAAGUCAGUCGAGUUUGUGGGCAACCAGGUCAAGACCCCGCCGGAAACGCCCAACAAGUACUACAACGUCAUGUCCGAGUUCUAUAGCAAGGCCUCGCAGCAGGUGAGCAUGCUCGACUCCAAGCUCAAGAAGACCCAGGAGGCCUUCACCAAGACGGCCGAGUACUACGGCGAGCCGCCCAGCACGCCCGCCGAGCAGCUCUUCAACACCGUCUGGGCCGCCGUCCAGGCCCUCGAGAGAGCCAAGGGCGAUAUUGAGAAGAAGAAACAGGCCGAGGCCAAGGCCAAGGAGGCCGAGGAGAGGAGGCAGAAGAUGAGGGAGAAGACGAACGCCGGCAAGCCCGCCACUCCGGGCGCUGGUGGACCCGACAGGAACGUGAUGGACAACCUGAUCGGCCAGAUGCACACGGGCGACGCCUUUGCGGCGAAGCGAGCCGCGACGAGGGCGCCCGGCGGACCCAGGCCCCCGGGUGCCGCUCCGGACGGUGGCCAGCAGAUGGUCGCCAACGAGGCCAUGGCCAUCUUCGCCCGCAUGAAGCAGAAGCGUGAUGGCAACUAA